GCCUCUACAAAUAGCACCUCUCUUUUCCAUCACCCAGCAUUCAAGUUCAAGUUUCACUACUCAAGUUAAUUACAAAUGUCCGGACUUGUCAAGCUUGGACUGUGGGGUGGAAAUGGGGGAAAUCCUUGUGAUAUCGAUGGUCGUUCUACACGCCUAGCGAAGAUUGUCAUUCGUAGCGCCGAUUCGAUCAAUGCACUUGGAUUUGAGUAUGUUCAGGAUGGAAUGACAUUAACGGCUGGCCCAUGGGGUGGUUCUGGAGGGGGCACCUCCACGAUCGAAUUUCAACCUGGCGAGCACCUGACUGAGAUCAAUGGCACCACCGGUCCAUAUAGCAACAUCGCCAAUUUGGUGAGGUCACUUACUUUCGUCACCAAUGUUAGCAAGUACGGGCCAUACGGAGCGGUGCAAGGAACUCCCUUCGUCAUUCCUGUUGCGAGUGGUCGGAUUGUUGCCUUUUAUGGACGCGCUGGCAUGAAUCUUGAUGCGAUCGGGACUUAUCUGAUGCCCAGCUAAUUAAUAUUCCAUUCUCAUGCUCAUCAUCUUCUCUGAGGACUAUGGGUUUUGGUUUAAUAUAUAUGCAAUAAAGUUGCCGAUAUAGUAUGGCCUCGCAUAUUAUUAUCCUGCAUAAAAAUUCAAUAAAUAAAAGUUGAUGAGCUACUUUGUUUGUGAGAGAA